GGCUGUAAGGGGUGGGAAGGAGGGAUGCUCUGUGGGUGCUGUGAGGGAGGAGCUCCAUGGUGAUGCCUGGUGCAAUCCUAUCCAGCCUUGGCCUCUGACAUCCCUAAUUUCUGUGCUGCAGGUUGGAAUUGAAAUGGAGCAUUUCCCCAAGUUUGAGAAUGACGUGGAGUUCACCAAGCAGCUGAUCUCAGAGCAGUCAGUCUUCUGCUUGCCGGCCUCGUGCUUUGAGUACCCCAAUUUCUUCCGGGUGGUGCUAACGGUGCCCGAGGAGAUGAUGGUGGAGGCUUGCAGUCGCAUCCAGGAGUUCUGUGAGAGGCACUACCAGGGCAACGAGGGGGCCCAGGACCUGGAAUGUGACAAGUAGACAGGAGUGCCCUCCACUCUGCCUCCGCCCAGCCACCCCGUAAAUGAUGCAGCAGUGGGCAGGGCAGGGCUGCCCUCAGGUCAGCCCUGCCCUCAGGUCAGCACCUACAUCCAAUGCAACUGGAGCCACCACCCUGCAGAGCUUCUGCAUGUUCCCUGGGCUCCUGGGAACCAGCAGCCAUCAUUCGAUCCUGCUCACAAACCCUCAGGCACCCAGUGUCCCACUACCUACCAGGAGCCCAUGCUCUGGUCUGUGUCAGUGAACCGCAGCACCUUUCAUACAGGGUCUACAGCUUCCACUCAGGCAGGCAGUCAUAGCAUGCGGGAGCCGUCACUCAGCUGCUCGGUUUGAGGGUCUCUGCAGGGCAGUAGCUGGGAGACCCCAGGCUGAAUGCAAGAUGACAACUUCUAAUUCCCUUCACUAGCAGUUACACUGGAUGCUGAGCUGGACUCUUCCACUGACAGAGCCAUGCAUGGAAAGAGGGCUGUGUCGGAGCAGAGUUCUCAGCCUCUUUCUGGCUGGA